AGCUGGGUAAACCCUAACUUACUAGUGUUGGUGAAUGACUCAGAUGUUAGACCACUUAUAUGUGUAACACUUCGAUGCCAUCCCUGGACUAUUGUAUUGUGAUGACAAGCCAAGGGUCAUAAUUAAGUUACUGGAUUCGAACCAACAAUUGCAGGAUCCUGGACGACCUUAGAUACCAAUGCAUAUCUAGUGACUUCCGGCGACGUCGAAGACUGGUCGCCCCCUGCCUCCUGUUUUGUUUAAACAAUGCGGUUCUGACCGUGACCGUGGGGUGAUAUGGUGGCAGCUCCGGAUGUGGCCUGUGUGACUGCAGAUGAAGGUGUAUGACAUGACAAACCGAAAGGGUCUGACCCGUGGCAUCGCUAAACGUUACGUCAAUGUACGCAGCAUGCUACAAACGGUAUUGGUCUUCAUUGUUGCUACGCAUCAAGGUACACCAUAUCCGUUCGGGACGUCUUGCUCUGACUGUGGCGGCAACAACGUGAGUUGUGUUAAGGGCUUGUGUCUACCUCGAUGUGUUUCGGUGACGUCAUCAGGUGAGUGUGACCAGUGUCAGGACUCCAGGUUCUAUGGAACACAGUGCCAGAACGACUGUCCAGACACCUGUCUCAACUCUCGCUGUCAGGUUACCAACACCCGUGUCGUGUGUAAAGAUGGCUGUGUAGCAGGCAAGAAGGGAGAUAAUUGUGGAGUGGAUUGUCCAAUAGGCUGCCUGAACUGUUUCCGUUACAAUGGUACCUGUUUUGGUCAAUGCAAAUACAACUUUUAUGGAAAGAACUGUCACAAAUGUCCAGCAAACUGCAUUAAUGGCUGUGAUAGACAGUCGGGCACGUGUAACGGUUGUCGGACUGGUUGGAGGGGCGACUACUGUGGUGUAAAAUGUCCGCUGUGUGUGAAUUGUGCCAAUACAGAGGGAUGUAAACAGCUCUGCUCUGACGGAAUCUAUUAUGGUGUAAACUGUCAACAUGGAUGCCCGCUCCACUGUGACAGCUGCAGUACACCAACACAACCGUGUAAGGUGUGCCAGGCAUGCAAGGAUGUACUUACCCCAUCAACAGGUUCAACCUCCAUUCCGAAUGUGCAAAAAGAAUCAAAUGAGACCCUAAAGCUUGUGUGUGCUGUCUUUGGAACACUUCUGUUCGGAACAUUUGCAUUAAUAUUGUACAAUCGAUGUUCAAAGCUUAUCAGACUCAAUCAAAGGCCUAUAUGGAACUGGAGACGACUUUUUGAGAGAAGAUCUGCAAGAGGACGUGAUGUAGAUGGUGGCGGAUACAGCGGGUCUACUGUGUACAACAAGUACUGGGAGAUCCAGGAUGAAGACAUAGACUCAGCUACAGAGGCAAGGACAUCUGCCAUGGACGAAACCGGCGCCUUAGAAGAUAACCGGGGAAGAAUCUUACAACAGGCUCCGAACAAUGACGUGAUGGCAAGAAGUACGUACGAGAAGCACAGGAAAACUACCGAAGAUAAAACUGGACACUGCAAGAUCUUGUUGAGGCCGGUUGGGAGUACUCCCUGUAGUGCACGGCGAGCAGCUUCUUGUGACCUUGGGAAGCCAAACAAACCAGACGAAACAACUGUUCAAAGGUCGCAUUCGGACAGUGAAUCUGAGUUUCUUUUUGCAAAAUACAGAAACACAGAAAAUGAGUCAAGUUUAGAUUCAGUAACUUUAUUUGGACAAACGUGUGAUGUGACGAAUGUCCAUGUGAAGUAUAUCACAGCAGCAGUUGUAGAAACAUCCCGAGAUUCUCCAGUUUAAUCAGUCAUCGCGGAAGAAACGUCUAUUGUAUUCUGCCUAUCGAUCUGUAGCCACGUCUUAAAAAUAAAACUUCCAAGUAAGCAA